AUGGCCCCAGCGGAAGUUAAAAGAGAAGGUGAUGAUUAUGACAUUCCAAAUAAAGCAGAUGACAUUCGUUUGAUGAAUGAAAGUCGGGCGGAACCUUAUCAUGGUUGCGAAGCUGGUCUGAGCAAUGGAAAAGCAACCAAUAUGAACGUUGAAGAUGACGGAGUCGAUGUGAAAAAAGAAAUGGUUGACGAUGCUCAUCGCAAUGACAUGGUUGGUGAUGUUGAACAUGCUAUUCUGAAACAGAAAUUUGAUUCGGUCGAAGAUGGAGAAGCUUUCUACAAUGCGUAUGCUAAAGCCAAGGGAUUUAGUAUACGAAAAUCCAAAUUUAACACAAACAAAGAGGGAAAGGUCGUUAGUAGGCUGUGGUUGUGUUCAAGGGAAGGUCAGAGAUUACCAAAAUACUUGGACCGUGAUGCUGAGAAGAGUAGAGCUCCCAAGGCACUAACAAGAGUAGGUUGCAAAACCCAAUUUCGCAUACGGUACAAUGCAGAUGCUGGUGAAGGGGGAAAGUAUGUUGUGACUCACUUCGUCGCAGACCACAACCAUGAAUUGGCAGAACAACACUGUGUGAUGUAUCUGAGGUCACAUCGCAGUUUAAACAGCAUUGACAAAGCUCAAGCAAUGGCUAUGUGCAACGUCGGUGUGAAGACUAGCCAAAUCAUGGACUAUAUGAUAAAUCAAUCCGGGUCUUAUGAGAAUGUUUGUUUCAUCCGUAUGGAUCUGUACAACCAUAUUCAAGCCGAACGCAAAGCAGAAGUUCAGGAUGGUGAUGCACAGGAUUCGAAAUCGUGGGCCGACUACGCAAAGUUUGGUGAUGUGUUGAUAUUUGACUCAACUUACAGAACCAAUGCAUACAAGAAACCUUUUGUCAUGUUGGCUGGUGUGAUUAGCCACUUUAGGACCACAAUAUUUGCAUGUGUUUUUCUAGCUAAUGAGACAAGUGAGACAUACAUAUGGGUCUGGGAAACAUUUAUGGAGGCGAUGGGCAAUAAAGCACCUGUGUCUGUACUGACAAAUGGGGAUAAGGCGAUGCGAGAGGCAUUCAGAAGAGUAUUUUCAGACGCAAGACAUCGAUUAUGUAAUUGGCAUCUUGGGAAAAAUGCUGUUUCAAAUGUUCACAUAAAUGGCUUUGCACAUGCUUUCAAGCAGUGCAUGGACAUGGAAAUGGAUGAGACAAACUUUGAGCAAGGCUAG